AUGACUGGCUUACAACAGCUUAUCGACUUCGUACUGAACGAAGUCGCGCUCUGUGGCAAUCAAGGCGCAACAUUAUCCGAAGUUUUGAAAGCCAUCGACGAUUUUUACAGACAAACUCAGGAUGGUCCUCCUUUUAACCAAAACAUUGACCGUGGGUUCAAAGUCAAGGUCUGGUCUUGGCUCACAUCUAACCCAGAGGUGUCCGUCGGCCGACACAACGAAUGGAACCAUCUCACCUUGGAUGAGGCUGAGCAGCUUGAUUCGCAAGCAACUGCGAGCGAAGAACUCCACGGCGAUGAGUCCGAAGUAGGCGAAGCCACUGAUCAAAACUCUCAUUCAUCGCCUCUCCGCAUCUUUGUGUCAGAAGAGCGGAUCUGGGUUGCACUCACUGGCCAUCCGCCAGAUGAGACCAAGGUUCUACCGCUUGAAUUUGUCCUACUGUCCAUCAUCGCUUCACGCAAGUCAGAGGGUAUUGUACAGCCGGAGCUUGUGAGGCUAAGUGGCCAGGACAAACGGUCUGUCCCGAAGCGAACCAGUGCUUUACACCAAAAGGGCUACAUCGAUAAGCGACCAGUUCAGACGAAGAAGGCACGAACCAGUUUGUGCACGCUACAGCGAUACUUCCGUCCUUCAGACAAGAAAGUAGUCAACCAAGAAGAAGAAGAUUCGCAAUCAAAAGCCAUGAUCGACUUUGCCAGUUUCAACACCGACCUGUUUAACAUUCUUCGAGAGCACCCACUCAUCGCUCGUGCUGAUUUGAAAAGGCUUUUAGGCUUUAAUGACCCCUGGCGAUGGAAAGUCCUGGCUCGUGCGCUCCGCAAAUGGGAGCGGAUGGGUGUGGUACAACGUGUUAGAGCUGAAUCACAAUACGAAAGAAUGCACCCUUGUGUCAAACUCCUGCGAGAUCCGACGGAGCGAGACUUGCAGCUUUUCCAUGAAUUCAAUUUCGAGGCUGUGUCCAAGCAUGGCAUGGGAGCUCGCCGCCCCAAACGCGAAGACUUUGGAGACAUGGAGCUGGAGGGUCCAAGCAAAAGAUCUGCCAGUCCAGAGGAGGAAGGUCUGGAGCUGGUUGAUGACCAUGUCGAACCCGCCGAACGAAUAGUACCAUCCUGGACGCCGGAUCGAAACCUUUACAAUCAAUUAUUUGAUAUCAUUGAAAGGUCGGGUACAUCGGGUAUCACGAAUCAUGUACUCAAUAUGACAUGCUUCGGGAGCUUUUACAAGAGACCCGCUGAAGCUAUGGUCCACCGCUUGGUCGACUUAUGGCAAGUGGCUCAGCCGCUUCAUCUCCGACAUUUCUCCGUUGUUCGCGAUAUGGCAAUGAAAAAGACCGUGAUGUAUUACGUCAACUACUCGGCAAGCAACUUCGCAAAGCUCGUCGAAGAUGGCAAGGCUUCAUGGGAGGCUGUUGAAUUCCCGGCGGAGAAAGCCAAGUCGCUGAAAAUCGACGCACCGCCGUUUGGCGCUCUUCCUCAGCUUGAUGAGUUUGGUUUCCCAAAAGUAGAGUUCCCCAGGGGUCUGAUGAAAAACGCAAAUGCUACCUUACGUGAUGGGGUUCUCGCUGCUAAACCGACCGACUAUCUUCUUUCUUCAAGCGACCCAUUUGUUGUCAGGCUCGCAGACGGUCAAUAUGUUAUCCGUACACGUACCGAUAAGCUCCCACCUGGUUCCAAGCAGCAGAUCGAGGCCCGUACUCGACAGACGGGACGCACAGGACGACCGAAAGGCAGACCAAAUAAAGCAACGCUAGCAAAGCGCGCCCGAGAAAAUGAAGCCCGAGAAGCUCAAGCUGCAACAUCCGAACGGGCACCGGAACCGGAACCGAAGGCAAGUGAAGCCUAUGGUUGGGAAGAUUUCGUCGAACCACCGCCGCCAACUAAAAGGGCUAAAAUCAAGCAUCAGCUCCGCGGAUUAUCGGAGCGAGAGAAGCUGGAAGCACUUGGCAUGGAUGAGACAUGGACCGAGUAUAAUGCCCUGAUCAUUGAUAAGCCUGGCCCAGGAAUAUUUGUGACUCCUCAUGGCCGAAGACGACCAGUCGGAAAGUCUCGAGGUCGGCCGAGGCAGAGUCGAAUCGCUGUCUUCAAAUCAUACAAGCUAGCAUCGUUCCCUUGGUUUGUGGCGGACGCCAAUGACACAACGGACGAUGGAGAAGCGGGCGCUGCUGCGACCUCCCAAGAAUUCGAGAGCCUUGCCCUCGAAGCUGCGGCUCCAGUGAUCAAGUCCGAGAGCCCCAUCGUCACACGCUCACCUAUUCCUGUAUGGCCACGUGAAAGGAUUUCGUCCGACGGACCGACUGCACACUCGCCCACACCGUCCUCCAGCCUCGUUGCCAGUGGUAGCGGAAACGAGAGACCCCACAAAAGACCUCGUCUCCACGAGGCGCACAAUGGAGGCAGGGAAACAUCCGUGGAAAUGGCCAAUGAGGUGCCCCCGGCGGACAGAACCCCUGGGCACGACAUGAAUUAUGACGAAGCGAGCAGAUUGGGCCAUCACAACAAGAGCGCCAGCGUUCAUUUACUCGAAGAUGGACAAAGUCAAACCCCAUCGAAGCGUCCCCGCCUAGAAUCCCCCGCUCCCACUCAACAGUCGUCGACACCCCGUCCAUCGACUGUUACUGCGGGGCUUCGGAAACUUCAGUCGAAUGCUGGAACGCAACCUGCAAAAGAGACACCGCGGAGUAGAGCUAGAACUAGCCGCAAUGCGCCAAAUGCGGACGCGAAAGAAUUCGAAGCUCCUCGACCCUUGAUUGAAAGAGGCGGAUCUAUUAGCAUCCUUCGGAGGAAGCUCCUUAUGGAAAUUAUUGAAGACGCUGGUGGUGUGUAUCCCGGGGGAGCUGCAAUUUGGUAUCCUUUCGUCACUGCAUGGAUGAAGUUUCAUCCCACUGAAAAGCCCGAUAUGCGAACUAUCAAAAAUGCGUGCAAGCACUUAGUUAGUGCUGGCCUGCUUCGACAACUGACCUUCAGUGGCAGAAACAAAAAGCACGUGACGGUGACAAAGACGCUGUUGAUGAAACCUGAUAUGCCACCAGACCAUCCAUUGGUGAAAGAGAUGCAGAAAAAGGCCCUGAGUAUUGAAAUAAACGAGGCUCGGCCCACCUUCGCGGAGAAUGUUGAGCUGGAUCCAACGUUAACGAGAAGUGGCGGCCGACCACACGGCGCACCUCCCCGACCGCACAGAUCCUCCAUACCGGUCGAACAAGAGGCUCAAGUUCACCUACAGCAAAAGCCUGCUUUCGUGUUGAACUUUGAAAAGAGAAAAUGCAGAUCGGCUCAGUCAAGCUUGUUCAGACGGCUAGCUGCCCAAGCCAAAGCUGCCGCAGCUGCAGACGAGUUGCCUGACCUGCCUGGAGUUCAACGUCUUAUGACACUUGCCCGUCCCCCUGAGUUAGAUACCAAUGCUCAUCCACAUACAUCGAUCAUCCGCCCACUCCUUCAAAGAGUGCGUGAACCUCAAAAGCGGAAGUCCAUGGUACAUGCCAAACGGGUGAGGAUGAGGCCGAUGUCCGCCAUUGGAGCGUAUGGCAUGUUGAUGAACCCGGUGCAACAUUUCCAUCCAGUUACUGGGACCUUCUCCACGCAUUUAUGUUUGCUUCAACCGAAGAGGUCGGAGCUAAUACUAGGAGCACAGCCGGCCAUUGAGAUUGAGAACAUUGAGGAAUCUGUCAACGAGCUAUCCAGAUUAGCUCAUGAUGAGAUAGAUCUGCCGGAAGUAUCACGCAUGAAGAGGUUUGAUAUUCGGACUAAACGUAUUCUCGAAUGGGAGCUGCUUCACCAGAACCUGUUUGACAUGGACCUCAAAGGCCAGGAGUUCAUCAACCAAACCAUCCAGCACAAGUUCAAGACAUCGCUAAUCGAGGGUGACAUCCGCUUUGAUGUCAUUACGGGCCCUCCCCAAGCGGCCCCAGCCGGACCUGCCAUGCCCACACGGCGCAGCGAGGCCCUUCGCCUGCGUCAAUCUGUGCCUGGAUCUCCCACGACGUUUGGCUCGACAGAGGCGCCAGCAACACAACAACCAAAAAGAAGAAGGAAACGGGCGUCGCGUGCUGCUCCUUCGGAUCGCCGUUUGGCCAAACUCGAUGAUAUUACAUCACCCAGCAAAGAAUCGCAGCAACCCAAACGCAUCCGUCGAACCCGAAUUGUUCGUCCCGUCUCCGAGGAUUUAAAGAAAAGGUUGAUGAUUGCCUUGGUCGCGGUUCGUGUGCUUGCAGGAGGAGAGAUGUCAAGAGUUAUCGAGUGGGGUCUUGUAAGCAAAGCUUUCCCAAACCACGACUCGGAUUUCAUUCAAGGACGAGCGCGCCAAAUUCUGAGCAAAAACCGCCUGCAAAUCACCAAAAUGCAUCGAGACUUCCAAGAGUGCUUUCUCGAGGGCUACGAAAACGACGAGGUUCCACGUAUCGACUACUCUGAUUUGGAAGGCUAUGACUGGUCUACUCUGGUUGAGUGGGCAAGUCAAAGACUGGAUAUCUCCUCGUCCGAACGUGUGCCAGAUCUUCCAGCCACACGGGAGCAAUUUGAUGCCGUUUUUGAACUACGAGAGGAUCCCAUCACCGCCGGUGACGACUUGUACCAGGCUGUGCAUGGCGUCACUAUCAACCAUAAACGUAAUCUGAUGGCACGGAGUCCAUUUGCCGUACCAUUGGAGGAUGAAGCACGCCCCAAGUCGGCUCCACGAGGUGUUGACAUGGCACAGCUUGAGGCGGCGAAGACAUGGGUCCGGGCGAAUAUCAUCACCGCAGAAGAGACCUAUCGACCGAACGAAUCGAGCGAUAUCCUGGCACUUUUCGGCGAUCGGCUCAUCACCAGUGCCACGCAAGGGCUGAUCAACGAACGUGUGAUCAGCUCGACAAAUCGUGGCCGCGUCAGUCCCGGCCGCAACUACGAUAUCUCCGAUAACUUCCUUCAGACGUUGAGCCGAAAACGUGCGGUCGAAAGCACACAGUUGCGUCGUGCCGUUCACUUCAAAUCCACCAUCCUGGAUCCCAAACUCCGGAUGAAUGGUAUCUUCGACAUCGAGUAUACAGCCGAGGAUGGCGAUAUCCUGGCGCUGAUCAAUCUCUAUGCCUCGAAUGCUAUUCAGCUGCGACCUCGUGAUCCCCCGCGCAAUAAAUUCGGCCUCACUGAUGGUGGAUACGAGACCCGCCAGAUGGACAAGAAACGUUUCCGUUUCCCUAUCGAAGUCAUCCCCACCAAGAAGUACCGCUACGGUAACCCUGUUCAUGCUAAAGCUGCAGCUGUGAGCAUUCCGCCUCCGCCUUCAGCGGCGGGUACGAGAAUGCCACCCAGGAUUCCGCUGUGGUACGAUAUCAAUGGCGAAUUCGUGCAUCGUCUUUGGGACUUGGUGGUUGGUCCUGUCAUUGGGUGUUUGGUCACGCGGCCCGGUAUCAAAGCUCAGAGCAUCUCCAACAUGAUCAAGCCCACGAUGGGCGCUUGGGAGACUGUGCUUAUGCUCCAAUGGCUGGAGGCAGUUGGAGUCGUGAAGUCUGACGGUGAGGGAGAGUUGGCUUCUUGGAGAUUGGAAGAGUCUUGGUGGAUGAUUCUAUCUUGA